AUGGAUAUUUCAAGCGGGAUUUCUUCCUAUUUCAGCAGUACAAAGGUUGAAGCCUGGGGUUAUAUGGGUUGUAGAACAUUUAGCAAAAGUGUGUGCGCAUUUGACAUCAGGAGAUUAUGACGAAAUUCUUGACAAAUACAAGAACCAUUUAUUUUCAACAAUCUCAUCUACAUCAUCGCUUAAAAAAGCAAAAGACAAAGCCCUUAGGCUGAAUGAUACUGCGGAACGUUCAUUUCAACGCAUAGAAGUUACCUCGUUUUUUAAAAGACUUGAUACGCAGGUUGACAUGAAUGCAACCGGCAGUCUUGCAAAUGCCACCAAAGAUCUCGUGGACGCAAAAGAAAAAUUAUAUGAAUCGAAACUUAAGUCACGUGCAUAUGACAGAUUUGUCGAAAGUACGGAUGCGAAAAAUGAUCGUUCAUCCAAACGCCUUAGACAAGAGACAAUAAUUUCAGAAGAGGAUAAAAAAAAAUCUGACACAAAUACAGUACCCAAAGCAGAUGACGAUAAUUUUGAUGCCCGUAGCUUCAUUGUGGAUUUGUCGCUAUCUUCAAAAAUAAGAGGGCAAUUUAGUAAUGAGGAGUGGGCCGAUUUAGUCAAAAGAAGACCUGCUGCGGUCCGGAAAUCUUACCAUCAUGAAAUCGAGUCUAUUAUUUCUCACCUAUUUAGCCAAAAAAUGGAUCUAUUACAAGCUCGCAAAAAAUGGUAUGAACUAAGAAAUUUGGUUGCUCCUAAAUACAACAAUGAGUUCUCUUAUACAGAGAACGACUGGGAAAAAAUAAGACGUUGGGUUGAACGAGUAACAGGACAAUUUCUGGAUGCAUUUGAAUUAUUUCGAAAUCCAUUGCAAAAUGAUUGUCACGAACGAGAAUGGACUGGUGAUUAUUUAAUCCCUUUAAUACAAGGAGUUCUAAAAUUAGAUGGCAAUUUCUAUGUUCCAUG